ACUGCGGAACUAAACACGCUACUCCACAGCCCUCCGAUAUCCGCUACUACGGAACUUGACACGCAAACAUCGUAUUCGUGUCGAACUCGAAUUGGGAAUUCAAGUUCACUGAAAGCGAUGGGAUUUAUUAUACAGUUUUCAUCGCUUUAGUAUUGGGGCAAGUAUGCCUUCUCGAGUCAUCAGCGCCCGCGGAGCGGCAAGCGGUGGUGAGGUGAGCGUAGCGGAUAGUCCGUUUGCUACCUUCGAGUCACUGACCCAGGCUGCAGUCAUUGCCGUCAUCGGAAUCGCUAUUGUUGUAUCCAACCUUCUUAUCAUAGCGUCCUUUCUUAAUUUUAAAGGACUCUCCAACGAAGUCAUAAAUUAUUAUCUACUAUCUUUGGCUGUAGCUGAUCUAUUAUGUGGACUAUUCGUGGUACCGCUUUCUGUGUACCCAGCAAUAACUGGUCGAUGGAUGUUUGGAGACCUGAUGUGUCGCUUGGCGGGUUACGUGGAAGUCACACUGUGGUCCGUGUCCGUGUAUACGUUCAUGUGGAUCUCAGUGGACCGGUACCUGGCCGUGCGGAAACCUCUCCGAUAUGAGACGGUUAGUGCGACGGUACAAACUCGCACACGUAGCCAAUGUUGGAUGGUGUUCACCUGGAUAUCAGCUGCGAUGCUCUGUUGUCCUCCGUUACUCGGAUACAAAAAGGACGCUAAUUUUGAUAAGGAAACUCUGAUAUGCAUGCUCGACUGGGGUACAACUUACGCUUAUACCGCCACUUUGAGUAUUUUGGUGUUGGGUCCGAGCGUUAUAUCUAUAGUAUACAACUACUUCUACAUAUUCUCAAUGAAGAGGAAACUGCACAGCGGAGCGCCGAUUCACGACAAGGAGUAUGCAACUGCUUUGGCUGAAAACCUAGCCAAUCCUAGCCAUUGGAUGAGUUUCAUUCUCGUCUCUGUAUUUUGGCUUAGCUGGGCUCCCUACGCCGGUGUGAGGUUUUAUGAGUACUUCACCGAUCAGGAGCUUAAAAUUCCGAUGUUACAUUUUGGCGUAGUGUGGCUAGGCAUUCUUAAUUCGUUUUGGAAAAUUAUAAUUCUAUUAUCCUUAAGCCCUCAGUUUCGACUGGCUUUAAGAAUAUUAUGCUUGACUGCAUGCUGUCGUACCAAGGGACGCCUGCAAGCCGAGCUGAUUGGCAUGGACAAUGAUGAUUAGUAUUUAAAGAAAAUCAUAAAAAUAUUGUCAAAAAAAACUCUUAAUAUUUUAUUAUAGAAAAAUAUUAAACUCAUACCUAAAACAAGUGAUAUAGUGACAUUUUAAUGGAGGGUUUAUAGUUAUCUGCUCAAUAUAUUUCAUCUCUGUUGUGUAGAUACAUUAAAAUAUUUUCUAUUAUUAUUCGGUUUAUAAUAAUGAAUUUUCUCAACGUUAUGUAAAUCUUAAUUAGUGUAGAAAAAACGACAACAAUAAUCACUACAAAUGUCAUUCCUCUAGUUAAGG